ACAAAUUCUAAAAUUUUCAGGGGGGUAUUUUGUCGGAUUAAAAUAAUAUUACUCCGUCCCAAAAUAUAAGCAAAAGAAGGUCAACAAGAGUGAAUGUAUCUGGACUAAAUUUUAGACCAAAUACAUCAACUUUCAUUGACCAAUUUUUGCUUAUAUGUUGGGACAGAGGGAGUAUUAUUUUUGCCCCAAUCCACUAAAUUUUUGUUUUUUUUUGGAUCUGAUGAAUAUAAUAUGAGGGGCUUGAAGGCCCACUGUUCAUUUUACGCUCAAAAACACAUUUGAAGAAAAUCAAUCAAUCCAUCCGCGAAGAUCAACCACCGUCGCCGGUCUAUCGUCCGUCUUCACUGUCGAAGGUCGCAGUUCCUUGCGCCGCCGUAUCUUCUUCUUCUUCUUCUUCUUCUUCUUCUUCACACCAGCCCUUACUCAAAAAGCACAUAUGAGUAGUACUAGACAGCGAACCAUUGGUGGCGGGAGUCAUCAUGUAUUGGACUAUCUGAAGCGCAUGCAUGCAGAGAAUCAUACUUUCUUUUAUGCAGUCCAGGGUGACAUUGCUCAAGGGAGUGGGAAUAUAUUUUGGGCUGAUGCAACAUGUAGAAUGAACUACUCUUAUUUUGGGGAUGCUGUUAUAUUGGACACAACCUAUAAGACUAAUCAGUACCGGGUACCAUUUGCUGCUUUUACUGGGUUUAAUCAUCAUGGGCAACCUGUUUUAUUUGGUUGUGCAUUGAUUCUCAAUGAAUCUGAGUCCUCAUAUAUAUGGCUAUUCAGAACUUGGCUUCAUGCCAUGUCUGGACGCCACCCUGUCUCCAUUACAACAGACUUGGAUCCAGGCAUACAAGUUGCUGUUGCUCAAGUUCUUCCUCCAACUCGCCACCGGUUCUGUAAAUGGAGUAUAUUCAGAGAAAGCAGAGGCAAACUAGCUCAUAUAUAUCAAUCGCAACCUACUUUCGAAACCGAAUUCAAGAAAUGUGUUCAUGAGAGUGAGACUAUUGAUGCGUUUGAGUCUUGUUGGCACUCACUAUUGGAAAGAUACUACAUCAUGGAUAAUGAAUGGCUUCAGUCAAUAUACAAUGCACGACAACUUUGGGUCCCUGUCUACUUGCGGGACAGUUUUUUUGGAGAAAUAUCUUUAAAUGCUGGAAAUGAAGGUUUGAACUUUUUCUUUGAUGGAUAUGUAAAUGCAUCCACCACAUUACAGUUGUUGGUUAGACAAUAUGAGAAGGCUGUAUCAACUUGGCAUGAAAAAGAACUAAAAGCAGAUUUCGAAACUACCAAUAUUAGCCCAGUUUUGAAAACACCAUCUCCUAUGGAAAAGCAAGCUGCAAGUCUUUAUACGAGAAAGAUAUUCAUGAAAUUUCAAGAUGAGUUAGUAGAGACUAUGGCAAAUCCUGCUAAAAAAAUUGAUGAUUCAGGAACUAUCACCACCUACCGAGUUGCCAAAUUUGGAGAAAACCAAACAUCUCAUGUUGUCACUUUUAAUUCUUCUGAAAUGAAAGCUAGUUGCAGCUGUCAGAUGUUUGAAUAUUCAGGAAUCAUUUGCAGGCAUGUAUUAGCAGUCUUCAGAGCUAAAAAUGUUCUUACACUUCCGUCUCAGUAUGUGUUGAAACGCUGGACAAGGAAUGCAAAAACUGGCGUGUUGUUAGAUGAACAAGCAUCUGCACUGCCUAGCAGUUCUCACGAGUCUACUACAGUACGUUACAACAAUUUGCGUCAAGAAGCCAUCAAGUAUGUGGAAGAAGGUGCUAAAUCAAUCCAAACAUAUCAUGUUGCAAUGAAAGCUUUGCAAGAAGCUGCUAAGAAGGUUUGUACCGUAAAACCUACAAUAGCCAACGGAGGCAGGAGUGUUUUGCUUACAGGAAAUGAAGACGCUUCAAGUCAAAGUCAUCAAUCUGUGGAGGAGAAGCAAAAGAGAAUCCGAGAGUUGACUGCGGAGUUAGAGACCACAAAUCAACGAUGUAAUGUUUAUAGGGCAAACUUGCUGGCGGUGCUAAGGGAUAUGGAAGAACAGAAGUUAAAGCUGUCAGUGAAGGUCCAGAAUGCAAGACUUAGUUUGAAAGAGUGACUACAUCAAUCACUGAUAGGUUUUAGAUUGUUUAUCUGUCUAGUUUGUUUUACGUUAGCUUAUGAUGUUGUUUGUGUUAUCUUAUCUAUAUGGUUAGAGGUUAAAUUUAAUCACUGUGCUUAUUAUUAUGUAUUAAUUAAUUGAUAUAUACUAUAAUCGAAUGAAUACUUAAGUUU